AUGCGUCGAUUUAAUAUCAGCAGCAACACAUUUUACAGCGAUGCCCACAUUAGCCAGGGGGACAUGAACUGGCGCCAACCGGCUCGACCUGCCGUCUGCCGUGUUCCUUAUUUCCGUAAUAAAAAUCUGGUCGGUCGUCCAGAUCUCAUGAAUGAGCUCAACAGGCUCCUACCGCAGGAAUCAACAGGUUACCGUAGUGCUGCUCUCUGGGGUAGAGCCGGGUCAGGGAAAACGCAGCUUGCGCUCGAAUAUGCAUAUCGGCGAUUUGAUAAUGAUAAAAACUGCUUUGUGUUUUGGGUAAAUGCUGAGACUCAGGGAACUUUUUUACAAGAUUUUGAAUCUAUCGGGCAAACAUUGGAUAUAUUCAAAACAUACCUCACAACCAUAGAUCUAUUGAGGGCUGUCCGCGAUCAAAUUGAAGCACUGCCAAAGUGGGUGCUUAUCCUCGACAAUGCUGACGACUUGCGACUGCUUGGCGUUAAUCAAGAAGCAGAGCAGAUAAGGAACUUGAUUCGGUACAUUCCUCGGGCAUCCAAUGGAACAGUGUUGUGGACCUCUCGCGAUGCCCAUAUUGCAGGGACACUUGUACCCCCAGCACAAUGCAUUGAGGUUGCAAGCAUGACAUCCAAUGAAGCGAAGGAGCUCUUGAAAAAAACCAGAAAUCUGAGAAAGAGUACAGAAGAAGUACAAGAAGUACAAGAAGAAGAAGUUGAGACCGCUGCCUUGUUAGAGAAGCUUUUGUGGCUUCCGUUGGCCAUCACGCAAGUCGGCGCAUAUAUGAGACGGACAUCAACAUCAGCCAAGGAAUAUUUAUAUUUAUUAGAGCAAGGCCGGAAAAGGUGGGAUACUUUAGACGAGUACGACGAACAUCGGAGGCUUCCUUUGCUCAAGCAGGCUGUAACCGAUGUCAAGCAACCACCAAGCUGCCAUUUUCUAGUUCCCAUCAAACGGAGCCCAUACUUCACUGGCAGAGAAGAUCUUUUAUGGGCCCUUCUAAUGAGGAUGCGGCCCCGUUUGGGAGAUUUCGAUGAUUGCCAGAAGACCAUUAUUGAAGGCCCUGAGGGUAUCGGCAAGACGCAGGUUGCCCUGGAGGCUGCCUAUCGUCUCCAUGCCAAGGAUCCAAGUUGCUCUAUCUUCUGGGUGUCAGCGAAAGAUACAAUAAGUUUAGAAAACUCUUACUACAAUAUUGGCGAAAAACUCAACAUUGAAGGACUUGACAAUGACGGAGCUAACAUCAACCUGCUUGUGCGGAUCGCCUUGGAUAAAGAAAUCAGCGGUCCUUGGCUCUUGGUCGUCGAUGAUGCAGAUGAUUUUGAGCGGUUGGGAUUCACAAACUAUCUGCCAUCCUGUCUACAUGGUUCAAUUUUAUUCAUACAGCGGAAACUUAAGACAACAGCGAGGCCUUAUAUCCCAAAAGAUAGCAUCUUGCGCGUUGAAGAAAUGGACUGUGGCGAAGCUCUCAACUUACUAAAAAUUUGUUUGAAAGAAGCCCAGGAGACAGAAUUUAGCGACAUAAAGCAGUUACUUGAUUUCUUGGAUGAUUUAUCACGGAGUUACGAAAGACAGGGUCAUUGGGCGGAAGCCCAAAAGCUGGGGAAAGAGCUCAUAGAAGCUCAUAUGGUGAUAUUCGGAGAUGAAGACAAUGUUACACUGGAAAUAAUGGACGAAAUGCUGCAGAGAUAUAAGAAUCGGGGCCAGUGGCAGGAUGCUGAGAUUCUACAACUACGGAUAAUAGAAACUCACAAAAAGAUCCUUGGGGCCGACAAACACACGGUUGCUAGUAUUCGGAGUCUAGCAUUCAUAAACAAGAAUCAGGGCCGACUUGAGGAAGCUGACAAGCUAUAUAUAUCGACAAUCGGGACUCAUGAAACGAAGCUUGGAAAUAUUAGCGAAAAUAUGUCUUUAACGAGCGAACCAGAAGACUUGGAAGGAGAUUCUGGAUAUGCAUCAGCGUCACGGCGAGCGACCACAACAGUGCCAUCAGUGUCUGGCCUUCAGAAUGAUAUCGAUGAUGUCACAUCACCGGAGAAAGCAGAAGUGGAAAAUGUCAUAUCAGUGUCAGUGGAUGACGAUGUUAGGUCUGUCGUUUCUGAAGGUGAUGAUGUUAGAUCACAAAUAUCUGAUGUCACCACCAAUGAAGGAAUGACUGGCAAAGCACUCAUCAGGGCAUUUCUAGCCGAGCAGCCACAGUUCAAAGCGUUAUGUGAAAAAGCCUUGGCUAAAAUGAACAGACACCGUUUCAUUGAGAAUAUGAGUCGGUUACUCAGGUCAUUCCACAAAGGGCUGGCAGCAGAAGCCAAAUCCGAGGCCGAAAAGGUUGUCACCGGGCUGUUACGAAGUAAGAGAGGCAGGAGACGAAUUAGCGAGCAGCUUGCAGCACAUAUUGAUAUGGAGCAUGAAGAAACUCAAGAUAAAAUCGACUUGGAAAUUUCUUCGUCAAAAAUGCAGAAUGUCGAGGACUGGCUCUCUCAAGCGAUGAAGCCCUCCUCGAUUGAGGAUGUGGAACUCUCAGUCGAUCUUCACCAAGACAUAGAACAAGACAGCGAUGCCAUGGAGAUGGAUUCAGAAGAUGGCAACGAGGCAUACAGUUUCCCCUACAUCUCAGAGCUGAAGGCAUUUCUACUGGCUUCCAAGGCAUUUCAAAGUCUUCAAGUGCAGUUCGCGUUGAUGUUCUUGUCAUCUGAUUUGGGGGACGUGCUUCAGUCAAUACCAAGGGAGAGCAUCUGGCUAUCACAAGAACAAGAUGUCUCGAUCUCGAACCGACUCAAGAUAUUAGUAGAGAACACUACUAAAGUGAGAUGGAACUGGUGGCCCUUGGGCCAAGGGAAGCGAAUGCUUAACCCUGGAGAGUCAAGGUUAUUCUGGAGAUGUACUUGUGGUGUAGAGCAGUGGGAGGAAAUAUCUCCAGAACAACGUGAAUUUGUUGAAAGGAUACUCGAGUGGUCGGAUAAUUGUCCCCCCUUGGCAUCUCGAUGCGCUGUGAGAAGGGUACAAGUGACGCUAUUUUCUUCCAUUAAAGGCAUUCUACAAUAUGCAGGUGGACAAAUUACCCGGCCAUCACGAGCAGCUACUAGAUAUACUCCACAAGAAAGUAACUCUUCUACGCCGCCUGAGAACCAGCGACAACCACUCACAGGGGCGACUCCCCUUCAACAGCAACAAGGUCCGACGAUUGGUCAGCAGGUCCAGGCGACUAUCCCGGAUCCUAAUGACAGUCUUCAAUGGUGGAUAUUAUUUGGCGUCAGAGGAGCGCGGCGAACGCUGGUGCCGACCCAAAUCCACGUUACUAGCCAGACAACAGAUGGCCACAUCUUUCAAGAGCUAAAGCGAUGCUAUAUGAUCUAUCGAGGAAGGCUAAGACUAUGGUUCUCAGUCUGGCGCUUAGAAUACUGCGAAGUGGUAAAGUUUAGCAGACUUACCCCUGACCGAAUGGUUCGAGAGUACAGAGAGCUUCCAUCUGAUAAAGAUUACCAUUACGACCCUCGAGCUGGUGAACGGGAUGUUAGAAACCCUCCUAUUUCACCUCACCACUUCCAAACUCUCUUCUACGCCUGCCCCUCGCCAUCCCGCAUCCCGAAGCGAACAAGAGAAUUCGAGAAAGAUCAGAGCUCACCUAUAUGGGGCUUUGAAACCGUCUUUGCGGUUUCAUUUAGCUACGUCCUUGCUUAUCAUCUUGUUAUGGUUGCGGGACCACUCGUAUUUUGGGGACUCUGGAUGAAAUUCCAUCCUGACGACUUACAGAAUGCUUCUGUGCCUAUAACCGUCGUUAUAGGUGCUCUGUCGUUGUUUUGGAGUGGCGCUGGAAUACUGACAAGCAGAGAAAGGGAAUGA